AUGUCUGCAGAACAAGCACCAGCACAUCCUCAGCAGAAUGCUAAGAAGGAGAAGAAGUCCAAGUUACAAGUCUCUUUGAAGACUCCAAAGGGUACUAAGGACUGGGCUGACACCGACAUGGUUAUCAGAGAGGCUAUUUUCAGCAGCUUGUCUCAAUUGUUCAAGAAGCAUGGUGGUGUUACCAUUGACACACCUGUGUUUGAGCUGCGCGAAAUCCUCGCAGGUAAGUACGGUGAGGACUCCAAGUUGAUCUACGACUUGAAAGACCAAGGUGGUGAAUUGUGCUCCUUGAGGUACGAUUUGACCGUGCCGUUCGCAAGAUUUGUUGCCAUGAACAACAUACAAAACAUCAAGAGAUACCACAUCGCAAAGGUUUACCGUAGAGAUCAGCCAGCCAUGACCAAGGGUCGUAUGAGAGAGUUCUACCAAUGUGAUUUUGAUAUCGCUGGUAGUUACGAAUCAAUGGUCCCAGAUGCCGAAAUCUUAUCCAUCCUAGUUGAAGGUUUAACCGGUCUGGGUAUAAAUGACUUCAAGGUCAAAUUAAACCACAGAAAGAUCUUGGAUGGUAUUUUCCAAAUCUCAGGUGUCAAAGACGAGGAUGUCAGAAAGAUCUCAUCUGCCGUUGACAAACUAGAUAAAUCCCCUUGGGAAGUGGUUAGAAAAGAAAUCACUGUCGAGAAAGGUCAAAGUGAAGAGACAGCUGAUAAGAUUGGUGAAUACGUCAAAUUAAACGGUACUCUAAAGGAAAUCCACACAAUUCUCUCUCAAGAUAGUGCAAUCACUGGUAAUGAGCUGGCUAAGCAAGGUCUGGAUGAGAUUGCUACCCUGAUGGAAUACGCUGAUGCCUUUGGUAUCAGCAAGUUCAUCUCAUUCGAUCUUUCCUUGGCCAGAGGUUUGGACUACUACACAGGUCUUAUUUAUGAGGCCGUCACAGAGGCUUCUGCUCCUCCAGAGAAUGCAACAGAACUGAAAAAGAAGUCUAAGUCUACCGACGAUGCUUCUGAAUAUGUCGGUGUCGGUUCCAUCGCUGCCGGUGGUCGUUACGACAAUCUAGUCAAUAUGUUUGCUGAAGCUUCCGGUAAGAAGUCAUCAUCUAUUCCUUGUGUCGGUGUUUCUUUCGGUGUUGAAAGAAUAUUCUCUCUGAUCAAGCAAAGAACUCAUCUAACUAACGCUAUCAAGCCAACUGCAACUCAAGUAUUUGUCAUGGCCUUUGGUGGUGGUAAGGACUGGACUGGUUUACUACCUGAAAGAAUGGCUAUUACAAAGAAGUUAUGGGAAGCUGGUAUUGAGGCCGAAUAUGUUUACAAGAGUAAGGCAAAUCCAAGAAAACAAUUUGAUGCCGCUGAUAAGGCAGGCUGUCCAAUCGCUGUUAUUUUGGGUAAGGAAGAAUUUGCCGAAGGUAAAGUGCGUGUGAAGAGACUUGGUCAAGAAUUUGCCAAUGACGAUGGUGAACUUGUUGACUCCGGUGAUGUUAUUGAGGCUGUUAAACAAAAGCUUUCUGAAGUUCACAAAGAUGGUAUCAAUGACGUUACCCGUUUGUUAAAGGGCUUAUAA